CACGGUUCUCGUCUAAUCUCUCUCUCCCUCUCUCUCUACAAUGGCUCGAUCUUCGUCUCCGUCUCUUUCUCUCUCUCGCUGCCGAUUCGCCGCGGUCUCCCUCCUCCCUUCAUCUCGAUCCAUCUUCUUCCGAUCUCAAUCCUCGAACCGCCGCUCCAACCUCGGGGAGUUGAUUGAGAUCGACGUCGCCGCGUCGCAGUCGCAGUCGCAAUCGGAUCCUCUUUCGCAGAAGCUGGAGGACGCGGUGCACCGGAUAAUGGUGCGCCGAGCCGCGCCUGAUUGGCUCCCUUUCCUUCCCGGCGCUUCGUAUUGGGUCCCGCCUCGUAGGUCCCAGUCCCACGGGAUCGCUAAGCUCGUUGAGAAGCUGGCGAAUCCGGUCGGAGAUGAAGAGUCAGUCUCUGUCGCGUCGGGUCGUGGAUGGCCUUGUUCUGAUUACUUCAUCAAAGGUGUAGAGCCUGAAUCGGUGGAGACGGAGAUGGCUUCAGGUACUGCUGCAUUUCACUCUGAGGAUGAGGAAGGGUGAAUACCAAAAAACUCGUUAAAACCAUUGUCUGGACUCUUCAAGAUUUGUUGAUUUUAGGAACGCGGAUCAAAGAAGAAUUGAACCACCAAGAGCGGUUUUGAAGAGGUGACAUGGUUUAGACUUGAAGAGAGGGUAGAGGAAACAACCUUUUACAACACAUGAGAUCCUAUCAAGUUCUGAAAUGUAAAAAAAAAAAAACAAUAAGAAAAGGCGUUGUAGCUCAGCCCCCUGUUUUCAAUGUAAUCUUUCUUAUAACAGUUUGAUGAAUCCUGUGUGUAUAUAUAUUCGCAUCAGCUCUCAGGUUCCUGUUCUCCCAUUUUAACACUUAUUAUUGGAAA